AGCAGGGCUUGGCUUAAACCUCACAGGUUUUUGAAUGGAUAAGGAGAAAGUCCAGUUGUUCAAAAGCAAGCUUUCCGUGGGCCUUCAAAGUGCAGACUAUCCCUGCAGUCACUCUGACCAACAUACUGAGGGACGCUGGGCACCCUGAGUCACCAUGGGCAACGAGAACAGCACCUCGGACCGCCAGAGGACUUCUUCAGUUCAGAGUCUAAGAUCACUGCAGCCACCUGGGAACAGUCAAACUCCACAGAAGCAAGGAGACUCACCUGGAUCCGGCGCUGCAAGCACCUCCCCAUCUGCUGCCCAUGCAAGUCUUGCUCCUGUGGCCUCAGAACAUGCAGCCUCGGCUUCCACCGCAGCUGGUCCUGGAGUAGAAACCCCCACUGCCUCCUGCCAACACCUGGCCAAGAACAUAAACAGGAGUUCCGACUCUGAGGAAGCCUUUGAGACCCCCGAGUCAACAACCCCUGUCAAAGCUCCACCAGCUCCUCCCCCUCCACCCCCUGAAGUCACCCCGGAGCCUGAGGUCAUCGAACCACCAGCCCCAGAAGAACCAGGAUGCAUUUCUGAGCCGGUCGUGGUUCCCGAUGGCCCUCGCAGCGAGUCCGUGGAAGGAAGCCCUUUCCGUCCUUCGCACUCCUCCUCGGCGGUGUUCGAUGAGGACAAGCCGAUAGCCAGCAGCGGGACGUACAACUUAGACUUUGACAGCAUCGAGCUGGUGGAUAACUUUCAGAGUUUGGAGCCAUGCUCUGCCGACUAUAAGGGUCAGGUGAGCACGCGGAGGAAAUCCACCGAGUCCGUGCCACCCUCCAAGACCACGCUGUCCCGCUCGCUCAGCCUGCAAGCCAGCGACUUCGACGGUGCUUCGUGCCCCGGCAGCCCGGAAGCUGGGACCCUUGCCACAGAUGCGUGUGGCACAGGAUCCAACAGUGCUUCUAGCACCCUUAAGCGAACUAAAAAAACACGGCCACCUUCCUUAAAAAAGAAACAAGCUACCAAGAAACCCACAGACACCCCCCCAGUGAAGGAGACCCAACAGGAGCCCGGUGAAGAGAGUCCGGUGCCCAGUGAGGAACACUUAGCGCCAGAGACAAAGGCAGAGUCGGCCACACCUGAGGGCACUGCUUGCACCUUGUCAGAAGAGACAUCUCUGGAGUCUGCUGCUGUGCCCACAGCUACCUGUCCUCUGACUUUGGAGAGUGCGGAAGACGUUAGCCCUCUGGUUUCUGGAGGUGGCAGAGUGCAGAACUCACCCCCUGUGGGGAGGAAAUCAGUGCCUCUUACCACAGCCUCUGAGGCAGUGGAGGUGACGCUGCCGGACAGUGGGGGGCAAGAGGACUUGCCUGCCAAAGGGCUGUCAGUGAGGCUGGAGUUUGACUACUCUGAGGACAAGGGAAGUUGGGAGAGUCAGCAGGAGAACGCCCCUCCCACCAAAAAGAUAGGCAAGAAGCCAGUUGCCAAAAUGCCCCUAAGGAGGCCAAAGAUGAAAAAGACCCCAGAGAAACUGGACAACACUCCUGCCUCACCUCCAAGGUCCCCUACUGAACCCAGUGACAUCCCUAUUGCUAAAGGUACCUACACCUUUGAUAUAGACAAGUGGGAUGACCCCAAUUUUAACCCUUUUUCCUCCACCUCGAAAAUGCAAGAGUCUCCCACACUGUCCCAACAAUCGUACAACUUUGACCCCGACGCCUGUGAAGAGUCCCUUGACCCCUUUAAGGCAUCCUCUAAGACCCCCAGUUCACCUUCUAAAUCCCCAGCCUCUUUCGAGAUCCCAGCCAGCACCAUCGAAGCGGACGGGGAUGGGUUGAAUAAACCCGCCAAGAAGAAGAAGACUCCAUUGAAGACUGACACAUUUAGGGUGAAGAAGUCUCCAAAGCGGUCUCCUCUGUCUGAUCCGCCUUCUCAGGACCCCACUCCAGCUGCCACACCAGAAGCACCUCCAGUCUCUACCGUGGUUCACGCCACAGAUGAGGAAAAGUUGGCCGUCACUAGCCAGAAGUGGACAUGUAUGACAGUGGACUUGGAUGCUGACAAACAGGACUUCCCGCAGCCCUCGGACCUGUCUAACUUUGUAAAUGAGACCAAAUUCAAUUCACCCUCAGAGGGUAAGCAACUCGGUGGCCAGCCAGACCCACACCUUGCCUUGGAGAAUACUGACCCUAGGGGGCAGAGAGCCAGAAAAGAUUCUUGCCAGCCAGAGCUGGACUACAGAAACUCCUAUGAAAUUGAAUACAUGGAAAAGCUUGGCUCCUCCUUACCUCAGGACGAUGACACUCCGAAGAAGCAGGCCUUGUACCUUAUGUUUGACACCCCUCAGGAGAGCCCCGUCAAGUCUCCUCCAGUCCGGAUGUCGGAUUCCCCAACUCCAUGUUCAGGGUCGAGUUUUGAGGACACCGAAGCCCUGGUGAAUGCAACAGCAAAGCUCCAGCAUCCGGUCCCUAGAGGGCUGGCCUCCAAUCAGGAGCCUCUCUUGCAGCUGCCGGAGAAAUCCUCCCAGAAGGAGCUGGAGGCCAUGGCCUUGGGCACCCCCGCAGAAGCAAUUGAAAUCACAGCUCCAGAGGGUGCCUUUGCCUCUGCAGAUGCCCUCCUCAGCAGGCUGGCCCAUCCUGCCUCUCUCUGUGGUGCACUUGGCUAUCUGGAGCCUGAUUUAGCAGAAAAGAACCCCCCAGUAUUUGCCCAGAAACUUCAGAGGGAAGCCACUCACCCACCAGAUGUCUCCAUCUCCAAAACUACCUUGUACUCCCGCAUCGGGCCCACCGAGGUGGAGAAACCCCCGGGCCUUCUGUUCCAGCAGCCAGACCUGGACUCCGCACUCCAAGUUGCCAGAGCAGAGGUCAUCGCCAAGGAGAGAGAAGUCUCGGAGUGGAGGGAUAAAUAUGAAGAAAGCCGGCGGGAAGUGGUAGAAAUGAGGAAAAUCGUGGCUGAAUACGAGAAGACCAUCGCACAGAUGAUCGAGGACGAACAGAGAGAGAAGUCCAUCUCCCACCAAACCGUGCAGCAGCUGGUGCUGGAGAAGGAGCAAGCCCUGGCUGACCUGAACUCUGUGGAGAAGUCUCUGGCUGACCUCUUCAGGCGAUACGAGAAGAUGAAGGAGGUGCUGGAAGGCUUUCGAAAGAAUGAGGAGGUGCUGAAGAAGUGUGCGCAGGAGUACCUGUCCCGCGUGAAGAAAGAGGAGCAGAGGUACCAGGCCCUGAAGGUGCACGCAGAAGAGAAACUGGACAGAGCCAAUGCAGAGAUUGCCCAGGUUCGAGGCAAGGCCCAGCAGGAGCAGGCGGCCUACCAGGCUAGCCUGAGGAAGGAGCAGCUUCGAGUGGAUGCCCUAGAAAGAACGCUGGAGCAGAAGAAUAAAGAGAUAGAAGAACUCACCAAGAUUUGUGACGAACUGAUUGCCAAAAUGGGGAAAAGCUAACUGUGGACCAAGUGCUUGGCCUUGGCUGUUGCGUGCAAUACGACCGUCGGUACACUGUUGUCCUUCCGACUCCGUGGACGGGUUCUCCUUUCACUUUCGUAUGCACUACUGUGUCCUCUUUCUAAAUAAGGUUGGUUUGACCGUAUGCAGUGCCGAGACCUACCAGGACUCCUUGCUAUCUGUUUGCAUUUUCUAGUAUAAUUCGUAGCAAGUUGACCUCGGAGUUCCUGUACCAGGGGGAUCGUCAGAUUCUCUCAUAGAAUACGAAUUGCUGACCUUGGCCUUGCCUUUUGGCGAGCAGCAUCUGAUGUGACGUGAACACAUGCAGCCUGCAUCGGGACUCUUGCCUUAAGGAGUGUACAAUUGACCCACAUUUGCUGGUUUGAUUUUUUUAAAAAGAAUGCAUGUUUCAAAUAAAAUUCUCUAUUGUAAAUAAAUUUUUUUCUUUGAGUCUUGGCA